GGUAUCGCAAGAGCACUGACGAGUUUUUGGGCCCAGUCGCAACCAUGCGCAGCAUUCGAAUUCCGCACCCGCACAUCGGGCUGGCCCUCAGGGACCGGCACUUCGUCACGGCCCUCCUGGCCGAGUGCCUGGGUGUGCUGCUGUUCCAGCUGCUGGCCGGCAGCCUGGGGCCCGGCCCCGUGGAGACCGCCACAGCCUUCGCCGCAAUCAUGUACUUUGUGGGCCCGCUCAGUGGCGGGCAUCUGAACCCGCUGGUGAGCCUGGCGGGCGCCGCCACCGGCCACAUCGACCUGGUGCGCGGGCUGUGCUACGCAGUGGCGCAGAUCCUGGGAGCCAUCCUGGGAGCCAUCCUGCAGGUGUGGCUCAUCACCGACUUCAGCUUCGGCGCCCCCUCCGACAGCUGCCUGGCCCCGCCCAAGCACGUCAGCGGGCCGCAGCUGUGGGGCUGGGAGACCCUCCUGUCCUUCUUCUUCCUGGCGGUGAUGUAUUCGUCCGUGUUUGUGGCUCCCGGUCACGGCGGCGCCGCGCCCCUGGCCGCCGGACUGGCACUGCUGGCCGCCCUGUCCACUGGCGGCUUCUACACGGGAGGCAGCCCGCUCAACCCCGCCCGCAUCUUCGCCAACAUGGUCGUGUUCCGCUGCGACGCGGUGUGGGGCUGGACCUACCUGGCCGCGCACCUGGCGGCCAUUGGCGCGGCGGUGGCCUGGGUGUGGCCAGUGCACGGCCUGGGAAUGUUCAUGGGAGGCCCCCGCCCCGACGCCUUCACCGGCGCCGCCAACACGCUGGGCGGCAGCAGCCUCACCGACCCCUUCCUGGCGGGCACCACUGGCAGCAGCAGCGGCGCCCCCGCCGGCCCCACCAGCGGCACCGGUGCCCGCGGCACAGGCGGAAUGGAACCCGCCAGUGCGGGAGGCUACGUGUAAAUGGGAGAUUGGAGGAUAGAUGCGUAAUGCGUGGGUAGGUGAAUUGGUUGCGUGGCGUGUAGGCACGCUGGGGAAAGGAGUCGGCAUUGCCGUAGACUUGGUACCGUGGGCUUGGUUGGUCUGGUUAGGCAGGGAGGAGUCACUUGUUGGCUUAUUGGCCCCCGACGGGGUGCAGAGCAUAUGCGGUGCCAUGGUUGUGUCGUUGCGGAAUUGUUUGUUAGAGUGUUGGUGUGCGGUUGCUAGGGGGUCAUACAGCUGGCAUCAAAGGCACAAGCUGGCAAGGAUGUUGAUGGGACGACUCAUUAUCUGAUAGGGAGGGGCAGACCGAAGCGCCUGGCGGUUGAACCGUUGUGUGUGUAAAGAGGGCCACAGGCAGACUCGACAGACCCUAAAAUGCUGUCGCCACGUUUGGCAGACGCAAAUGGUGCGCGGUCACACUGCAUGGUUCGAGCAGCGAACGAUUGAAGUCGAGUGGGCGCUUCAGGGGUGCCAGGGGUAUUUAGCCCGGCCGCUACGUGGGGUUUCCGGGGUCGUGGUGUCCGUGUGGCUGCAUGCGGCGAGCCUUGGGUUUCGUGCCAGAUGACCCAACACGCGUCGCUGUGGGGACAUAACAUCAAAAUGGGCAGGAGGACAAGGAGCUGCAUGACGGGGCACCGCGCAAGCAGAGGGAGCCCAGCGCGUACAGGGCCGCGCUCAGUCAACUUGCGGAUGACCGCGAUCGCAAACUCCAUA